AUGAAGUGGGUAAUCCUUGCACUGGUUUGUCUCCAGCUGUCAGAGGGACUAAUCAGAGUCCCUCUGACAAAAACAAAAUCUAUCCGAGAGAAAAUGAGGGAGAAAGGAGUUCUCAAGGAGUUUAUGAAGACACACAAGAGAGACCCAGCCAUGAAAUAUAGCUACAACCACAAAUUCGACUUUGCCGUGGCCUAUGAACCCAUGAACAUGGAUGCUUGUUACUAUGGACAGAUCAGUGUUGGAACCCCUGCACAGAACUUCAUGGUUCUCUUCGACACAGGGUCAUCCAACCUCUGGGUGGCUUCCACAUACUGCCAGAGCCAGGCCUGCCAGAACCACCCAUUGUUUAACCCUAGCCAGUCCUCCACUUACACCACCAACAAUCAGGAGUUUUCCAUGCAGUACGGAAGUGGAAGUCUCACUGGUGUCUUUGGCUAUGAUACUGUAACAGUACAAGAUUUGACCAUCACAAACCAAGAGCUUGGUCUGAGCAUCAAUGAGCCUGGCACCAACUUUGUCUAUGCUGGUUUUGAGGGUAUCUUUGGCAUGGCUUACCCUGCACUGUCUGCAGGUGGAGCUACCACUGCCAUGCAAGGCAUGCUGCAACAAAAUCUGCUUACCAACCCCUUAUUUAGUGUCUACUUGGGAAGCCAAUCAGGAGAGGUCAUCUUUGGAGGAGUCGAUAGUAGUUUGUACACUGGUCAAAUAUACUGGGCCCCUGUCACUCAGGAGCUGUACUGGCAGAUUGCCAUUGAUGCCUUCUCAGUCAACGGACAGGCCACAGGAUGGUGUAGUCAGGGCUGCCAGGCUAUGGUGGAUACUGGAACCUCCCUGCUCACUGUACCACAGCAGUUUAUGGGCACUCUUCUCCAGUACCUGGGAGCCGAGGAGACCCAAGAUGGGCAGUUUCUGGUGAAUUGCAAUAGUGUGCAGAACCUACCUACAAUCAGCUUUACCAUCAAUGGAGUCCAGUUCCCUAUCCCACCAUCUGCUUACAUUCUCCAGAAUAAUGGAUACUGCUCAGUUGGGGUAGAAGUGACUUACUUGCCAUCUCAGAAUGGACAGCCCUUCUGGAUUCUGGGAGAUGUCUUCCUCAGAGAAUACUACUCCAUCUACGAUAUGGGCAACAACCAAAUGGGCUUUGCUCAGGCUGCAUAA